CAGCGAGGAGCAAGGAGAAAACAGACACAGCAAACGGGGAAAGCGUGGUUUUAUUUCGGUUUUAACGAUUGUAGUAAAUCUAAUUUAUUACUUUUUAAGUUUUUGAAAACGUCUGCUGUUGUUAGUUUUCGAACCCGUUCCGUUUUGCUAUGUGGGAAGACGAGAGGUAGCUAGUUGUUUUUCAACUUUUUUCAAAGGAAAAAAACGCAAGACAGCAAAGCACUCUUUGCUAUCACACUCAUUUUGUCGCGCUGUGGUGAUUAGGGAUAAGUUCAAGACGUCGGUCGUUUCCAGGUGUGGGGGUAACGGAGGUUAGGUGCAGAGAAGCAAGGAAGACUGGGGUACGUGUUCAGGUUCGGACUAGCUGGCAGUCCACAUCUUUGCCUCCGUGCCCUUCCCCUCCCCUCUCUCUCCGUGCGCGCUCAGUGGUCAAGGAUGCUAGCAUGCCCUCUUUGACUAUCUCCCACCUUCUCUUCAUCUGGCUGGGUGUCCAGAGGCUGGUCCUCGGCGCCGAGCGCAUUUCGGCCCGAGAGCGCUUCAAGGUGGUCAUCGCUCCUCUAAUCUGCAAGAGAACGUGCCUGAAGGGGCAGUGCCAGGACACCUGCGAGCAGGGCAAUAACACCACACUCAUCAGCGAGAACGGCCAGUCCGCAGACACGCUCACGGGGCCCGGCUUCAGAGUAGUGGUGUGCCCUCUGACCUGCAUGAACGGGGGCGUGUGCAGCACCCGCACGCACUGCCUCUGCCCCCCCGGCUUCACGGGCCGGCUGUGCCAGUUCCCACUGCGCCCCCUGACGGAGAGCCAGGCGGCGCGGGGCAACAAGCAGCCCGUCUACGCCCUGCAGGUGGGCCCCGAGGCCGUGGGUCUAGCCGAGCAGACAGGUGCCGCCAGCCAGCUGGCCCAGACGCACUCCGUCUUCACCCUCCCACUGACGCAAGGGGGUGGGCAUCACUCCUCCGAAGUGCAGUUUAAGGUGCGUGUCCACCACGCCCCAGAUACCUCCGUUGUCAUCCACCCCAUGGACCAAUCAGAGGCCAAACCUCCACAUAAGACAGUUCCCCGCCUCCUGCCUCAGACCCACAAGCCCCGGGGGCGAUGCUUCCAGGAGACCACGCCCAAGCAGGCUUGUAGCAGUAACCCCCUCCCUGGAUUGACCAAUCAGGAGGACUGCUGUGGCAGUGUGGGAAACUCCUGGGGACAGAACAAAUGCCACAAGUGUCCCAAGCUGCCACUGGCUGGAGUUCACAAGUCAUCCAUCAUCAAGGACCAUGGUUCUACUUGCCCACAGGGCUAUAAGAGACUGAACAGCACGCACUGCCACGACAUCAAUGAGUGCACCAUGCAGGGUGUGUGCCAGAAUGGGGAGUGUCUGAACACACAGGGCAGCUUCCUGUGCGCCUGUAAGCCUGGCUUCAUCCUGGACCGCACGCGGUGUGUGGCAGAGCCCUCGGGGGAGCUGGGGCCCUGCUUUCGCAUGGUGGGGCAGGGGGGGCAGUGUGAGCACGCCCUGCCCACCCAGCUGUCCCAGGAGAUGUGCUGCUGCACCGUGGGCAAGGCCUGGGGCAGUGGGUGCGAGAGGUGCCCUCAGGAUGGAACAGCUUCCUUCAGCAAAAUCUGUCCUGCUGGGAAGGGUUACAUCUUCCAGAGCUACAGAGGAACCCUCUCCAUCCAACCCCAAACCCUGCAGCUCCACCCCGCCGUGGACCAGGAACCCCGUGUCCCAAAGACAGACACCACCAACGAGCAGCAAGAGGUCAAGUUUCCACCAAUGGAGCCCGAGGUGACCACACCCAUGCAGCUCUCUACCACCAGCACCCACAGGCCCCAGAUGCCAGUGAUUGUGGCCAAACCCACCCCUCCCCCCAUCGUGAAGGUCCCACCUGAGAGGGAUGUAAACAGCCCCCUGGAAGGGAUGCAGACACAGCCGCCACAGGUGGACGAGUGCAGGCAGAACAGGAACCUCUGUGGGCACGGAGAGUGCAUCAGCAUGGUGGGCGGCUUCAGCUGCCACUGCAACCCUGGGUACCGCCCUCACCCACAGGGCAAGAGCUGCGUGGAUGAUAAUGAAUGUGACAGGGACCCUUGUGGGCCAGGGAGGGGCAUCUGCAUCAACACCAUGGGGUCCUACAGGUGUCACUGUAACCAUGGAUACAAACUCCAGUAUGGAAAGCUCACGUGUGUAGAUGUGAAUGAGUGCGCCAAGCCCCGCGCCUGCGGAGAAGGGGGGCGGUGUGUCAACCUGCCGGGGACGUACAGGUGCGAGUGCUAUGAAGGCUACAGGAGCAAGACACUUCGCCAACAGGCUUGUGAAGACAUUGAUGAGUGUCUAGACCCCAGCAGCUGCCCUAAUCAGCAGUGUGAAAACACACCUGGUUCCUACCAGUGCACACCUUGUCAGUCCGGCUACCACGCCCAGGGUGGCAUCUGCUAUGACGUGGACGAGUGCCUGCGGAGGGGCGUGUGCCCCAACGGACGCUGUGAGAACCUCCAGGGCUCCUACCGUUGCCUGUGCAGGGAGGGCUUUGAACCCGAGUCCGAUGGAAAGGGCUGUAGAGACAUUGAUGAGUGUGAGGACGAUAGACUGUGUUCCAGCGGGCGCUGUGUGAACACUGAGGGCUCCUUCCACUGCGAUUGCUACCCGGGGUACCAGCCCACCCGUGAGGGUAGCCACUGUGAAGAUAUAGACGAGUGUGACAGACCUGUGAACUGCCAAAGGGGGCGCUGUGUGAACAUGAUGGGGUCCUAUAGGUGUGAGUGCCAGAAGGGCUUCCAUCUGGUCAACGGGAGGCGGUGCCAAGACAUUGACGAGUGUGCCAGGGACAGGAACCUGUGCCAGCCCUAUGGAGUGUGCGAGAACACGCCAGGCGGCUACGUCUGCGUCUGCAAGGAGGGCUUCAUCACCUCAGAGGACAGCCACAGUUGCGAGGAGGUUGAGAUGGACAUGGAAGACAAGAAGGAGUGUUACCUGAACCUGGAUGACACAGUGUUCUGUGACAGUGUCCUGGCCACCAACAUCACUAAGCAGGAGUGCUGCUGCUCCAUUGGCGUGGGCUGGGGCGACCAGUGUGAGAUCUACCCCUGCCCCGUCUACAACUCCGUGGAAUUCCUCUCUCUGUGUCCGAUCGGCAGAGGCUUCUACAAUGAACAGAGCUUGACCGUUCGUCGUGACAUAGAUGAGUGUGUUCUCUUUGCGGAUGAGAUCUGUAAGGAGGGCCGCUGCAUGAACACUGAGCCAGGGUACGAGUGCUACUGCCAGCAGGGCUUCUACUAUGACAGCAACCUGCUCCAGUGCAUCGAUGUGGAUGAAUGCCACGAUGAGUCUCUCUGUGCCAAUGGGCGCUGCGUGAACACAAGAGGCUCGUUCUACUGCACCUGCAACCCCCCCUGGAUCCCUGACGCCUCCAAAAAGAACUGCGUGGUCCCUGCUGUUGCAGCUGUGGACGAAUGCCAGGACCCUGCCAACUGUAAAAACGGGCACUGUGUGGACACCCUGGAGUCCUACUACUGCAUCUGCACCCCUCCCUGGACUCUGGCCACUGAUGGCACCAGCUGCAUUCCUCCAGAGGAACAGGGAGACCACACAGCUGCUCAUAAGGACGUGUGCUUCCUGCACGUGGACGAGGACCGGAUCUGCAAUUCGCCUCAGAGCCGGCUAGUGGUGACAUACGUCGAGUGCUGCUGCCGCUACGGCCGCGGCUGGGGUCCCGCAUGUCACCCUUGCCCUCCAAGGAACUCAGACAUGUUCAACCGUCUGUGCGGACUGCACCUGAACACAGAGUCAGACGGAGAUGGCGACUUUCUACAAGCAUUUUCCCACUAUAACACAGAGGGGGAGAGCUCAGAGGAGGACUCGGACGAGUGCAGCUGUGCUAAUGGCCGCUGUGUGCGGUCGUACCUGGGCACCAUGUGUGAGUGUAACCCGGGCUUCCGGUUGGACCACUCACGGACUCGCUGCAUAGAUAUUGAUGAAUGUGCUGAGCCAGGCAUUCGCCCAAACUCCUGCAAAAACGCGCGCUGCUUCAACACCGCAGGCUCCUUCAAGUGCGUCUGCAAGCAGGGCUUCAUCCCCACGAGGAGGCCCAAUAUCUGCGUCCGUCCACGAGCCGCAUAACCCCCUCCCACAGCUCUCUCUGCUCCUCUCUCGUCCCACCCAUUCUUCUCUCUCCUGUCCUUUUCUCU